AUGGCGGGAUAUACACUAGCUAUAAUUGGGUGUGGUACGAUGGGCGUGGCGAUUCUGUCGGGCGUACUCGACUCUCAGCGGUCUCAACAGGCGAUUGCAUCAUCUAUGGCGUCGUCCGUGUCGUCGCUGCACGACUCAACGACGUGCGAUGACCUUAGCGAGCUGCCGACACGAUACAUUGCUACUGUGAACCGACUGGAAUCUGUGCGUCGGCUGAAGAAGACGUUUUCGCAGUAUCCGGAUAUACAGAUCCAUGCGGGGCAGAAUGUGGCCGCGGCGCGUGAGGCCGACGUCAUAUUGCUCGGUUGCAAACCACAGAUGGUACAAGACAUCAUCGCCGAGUGCGGAAUGAAAGAGGCUUUGGACGGUAAACUGGUCAUCUCGAUCUGCGCUGGUCUUCGCAUCUCUCAAAUUGUCGAAUGGGUCACUCCUGCCACCAAGGUCGUCAGAGCGAUGCCCAACACUCCGUGCAAGAUCCGCGAAGGAAUGACCAUCCUCACCCCGCUACCUUCAACACUCCCGAAUGCAGAGCUCGACCGCAACAUCUUGCUGAGCAUCUUCUCGGCCGUCGGCAGAUGCAGGUUCUUGGACGAAAAACACUUUGAUGCAUGCACCGCACUCGCCGGCUCAGGCCCCGCUUUCGCCUGCGUCUUCUUGGAAGCCAUGGCCGACGGCGGCGUAAUGAUGGGAUUGCCCAGACAGGAAGCCCUCGAAUUGGCUGCACAGACCAUGCAGGGAGCUGCAAGAAUGGUCAUGCAGUCAGGUAUGCAUCCUGCCGCCAUCAAGGAUUCAGUCACCACCCCCGGUGGUUGCACCAUCGCCGGCUUGUUGAAUCUGGAAGAUGGAAAGGUAAGAAGUACCGUUGCCAGAACCAUUCAGGCUGCUGCUGAACACGCGAGCGGUCUAGGUCAGAACAGGAAGUAA